CAUUUCCGUUGACUUAACACAAAUCAUCUCUCCAACUCCAACCUACACAUACAAAUCUCCCACGCGCCGCUUUCCUCUCCGCCCACCAUUCAAUUCCUGCUACUACCCCGUUUAAUCUGGCUUUCGUCGCUGACGCUUCUUCCUCCUUUCUCUUUGUUUAAUUGUUGAUCAAUUUCUGCAGUUGAGGAUAUGACUUGCUUCAUGAUCUGUCUGCUCAGUUAAUCGGUAGUUUAGUGGUUGAUUUUAAAUUUUGAGUCGAUCUGUUGCUUAAUUGUAUCAGUGUUGUUGUGCCGCAGGAAGUUAUUUUGUUGGUUCAUAUGCUUAAUUUAAUGUUAUUAUGUUUGUAAUUAUUGAUUAUUGAGACUGCAAAUUAUGAAGAGGUUGAGGUCCAGUGAUGAUCUGCACUCGUACGGGGAGAAGGGUGGUCUGAAAGAUUGGGGGAGAAGAGAAGAUGAGGCUGCUCCCCAGCGUUCAUCUUCGUCUUUGCAUAGGACCUCUUACUACAGGUCAUCUGAUAGUGGGAGGAAGGUCUUAUCCUCAUCAACACCCAGGUACGAUCGGUUAGAAGAUGAGAGGGAGAGUUCAAAGUUGAUUAGGAAGCGGCCGGAUUAUGAUUUGGAGAGUUAUGAGAGGAGAAAGAGUUAUGAUCGCCAUAAAGACGGGAACGGGAAUGGGAACGAUAGAGGGAUAUUGAGCUCAUCGCCGAGGGCUGGUUAUGGGAUGGAUCAGAUGUAUCGUUCUCAGAGCUUUUCUGCACCUAGGAGAGACUUUCCCAAGGGGUUUAGGUCGGAGAGGGAUAGGCCUAAAAGGGAGGGUAUUGGUGCAUCGUGGAGGAGAUUCGGUAGUGGGAAAGAUGUUGAUGACGGGGCCAGGAGUGGCAGUGAGGCGAGUAGAGGAACUAGAGUGGAAUCAAAGGAAGUUGGGAAGGCAAAGUCUCCCCAGGGAUUCAGAGAUGCAAAUUCUCCAGCUUGGUCCAAGGAUUCUGGAAGUGAGCUAUCAAAGAUUGUUGAAUGCAAGAAGUCUGAAGAAAUGCAAGUAGAGAGUGGCGGUCCCAGCAGUGAACGAGAAGAAGGAGAGCUGGAACCUGAUCCUCAACCCGAUGAUGUGCCUCUUGCGAAGCCAGUUAUCGAAGAUGAAGCUGCUGAUAAACAGACUUCGCCUAAGAAGCAGGCUGAAAACGAAAUUGCACUGGAAAAGGCGAAUUUCUCAGCAGUAGAAAAGAGGAACAUGACUAAAGUGGACAGCUGUGACGAGCAAGCUGUAGACAGACAAUCUAAGGAGGCUGAAGAUGUUAGCCAAAAUGCCGACUUGCCUGAUUGUCGGGAUACGUCAAUCCAAGGGGUGGGGGAAAAUAGAGAUGAUGAUGAUGAUGAUGAUGAUGAUGAUGAUGAUGAUGAUGAUGAUGAUGGUGAUGAUGCAAAAGAAGAAAAUCGAGGUGGUGACCAUGCAAGGGAUGAUGGAACUGAAGGCUGCUUGGAGGAGGUUGCAGAUAGCAGAUGUGAUGAGAAACUAUCAACUUUACAGGAGCAACAGGAAGACAGGAUUGUUAACAAUCAAGUCAAUGCAGAUGAUGUGGAAGUGGCAGGAAGUGUCCAGGCAACGGGCAAAAGCGAGUUUCCUACUACAGAGAAAACAGCCCCAAGUAUGAAAGACAAGGGCAAAAGUGUUACUUUAUUGCCCUCUGAUGGUGUUCUCCUCACAGAGAAUUUGGAGGUUGAUAACAAACCAAGGGACCUCAUAGAAAGUAGAGACAUUGAAAUGGAAGGCCCAAGUACCAGGGGAUUCCAGUUUUUCUCAGCUGAUCCAGUUAAAAAGCCAGAGAAAGUGGAGCAAUCAACACAUAGUAAGCCUAACGAUGAUAAAUUGGCUCUUGACCUUUCUCUUAGCUUGCCAAAUGUAUUAUUGCCAAUUGGUUCUCAGAGACAAGCUCCGGGUUCUCCUAGUCAUACAAGGAGUGUUCAAUCAUUUGCUAGCUCGUUUCGGACAAAUUCUGAUGGAUUUACAGCUUCAAUGUCAUUUUCUGGGUCACAGCAGUUUACUCACAACCCUAGCUGUUCUCUGACUCAUAAUGCACUUGAUUACGAGAAAUCUGUUGGUAGCAAGCCACUAUUUCAGGGGGUGGAUUGGAAAGCCUUGUCUUUGGAGGAGGCUAAGAGUAAGGAGGGUUCUGCUUAUAAAGGAAUGCCAUCAAGAGAAAAUGUCUUGCAUCAGCAGUCUCAAGUAUCCCAAGGCAACUCCAGUGGACAAGCUACACAGCAAAAUAUGAGAGUUACUGGAGGAAGCUCCAAGAUGCCGAUUGGUCUUGAAAGGCAAUUUAGUAGUAAACAGUUGUCUGGAGCUCAAGGUUUUGCCACUUAUGAUCAUGGACCAGAAUAUUUGAAAGAUAAUAGGCAAUCUCGGACUGAGAAAGAUUCUGGUAGUUUAGAAAUGAACAAUGGCAGGGAUAGUAAAGAUCAAGAGUUGGGAGUUGGCACUGACCUUGCCGAGUCUAUAGUCACCAUGAUUGUCUCUGAACCAAUACAUACAAUGGCUCGGAGGUUUAAUGAAAUGAAUGUGAAGCACGUUCCAUCUAUUAAAGAGUUUGCCCGUGAUAUAAUCUCAAACCCAGUUAAGCAGUGGCAGUUGAGUGCUUUGCAAAAGGCAUUACAGAAGAGGUCAGACAUUACUCUGGAUAUGCUACUAAAUGCAAAUCGUACCCAGUUGGAGAUAUUGGUGGCUUUGAAAACAGGGCUUCGUGAAUUUGUUCUGCCAAAAUAUGAUAUCGCAUCCUCAGAUUUAGCAGAAAUAUUUCUCAAUAUGCGAUGUAGAAAUCUCAAUUGUCGCAGUCUUCUUCCUGUGGAUGAAUGUGACUGCAAAAUAUGUUCACAGCGGAGUGACUUUUGCAGGGAUUGCAUGUGUCUUGUGUGUUCGAACUUUGACAUGGCAUCUAACACCUGUAGUUGGGUCGGUUGUGAUGUAUGCUUACAUUGGUGCCAUGCAGAUUGUGGGUUACGAGAAUCUCAUAUCAGAAAUGGCCGUAGUGCAUCCGGUGCUCAAGGCACCACGGAAAUGCAGUUUUACUGUGUUGCCUGUGAUCAUCCUUCUGAGAUGUUUGGUUUUGUGAAGGAAGUUUUUCAGAACUUCAUCAAAGAGUGGACUGCAGAAAAUCUUUCUAGAGAACUUGAAUAUGUGAGAAGAAUAUUUUACGGCAGUGAGGAUGUUAGAGGGAAACAGCUCCAAGAAAUUGCUGUGCGAAUGCUGUCUAGAUUGGCUAAUAGAUCAGAUUUUCAGGAGGUGCAGAGUCAUAUAAUAAACUUUUUCACUGAAUCCAAUUUGGAAAGGCCUGGCAACAUUAUUGAACCCAGAAAAGAGUUGCCAACAAGAAAACAAGAAGGCAGUAACGGCAUUGCUGGGUCCAGCCAAGGAACUGGGUGGAUGAAGCCUGUUUAUCCAGAAAAGGCUCCUCUCUUGGGAGAUCCGGUCAAUUUAAUCCAUGACUACGACACCAAUAAGAAUGAUAAGUACACAGUGAACAUGGAUAUCCAAAAAAUUGCCCAAAAAGAGCCUAUAUUUGAUGAACUGGAGAGCAUUGUGAGAAUCAAACAGGCUGAGGCUAAGAUGUUUCAACAACGCGCAGAAGAUGCUAGAAAGGAAUCUGAAGCACUGAAACGCAUUUCAGUGACCAAAAGCGAAAGAAUUGAAGAAGAAUACACAAGCCGGAUCACCAAACUUCGUUUGGCUGAAGCUGAGGAGAUGCGAAAGCAGAAGGUGGAAGAGCUCCAGGCUCUCGAAAGAGGCUAUCACGAAUACUUCAGUAUGAAAAUGAGGAUGGAAACAGAUAUCAAGGAUCUUCUUUUGAAGAUGGAAGCAACAAGAAGGAACCUCAGGACAUGAUUGGCAAGGUUAGUGUUUGAUGAACUCUCAGCUUGAUUGGUAAUGUGGCAGGGAGUUUUCGUCUGGUGUUUUAUGUCGUGGGCCGAUUGACUAAUGUGUUGGUCGAUUUGUAGGUUUAUCAGUCUUGUUUAUUGCAGUGUAGUACUAACUGGAAUCUGUACAAAGGGUAGCUAAUCUCCCAGUAUAGGAUGGAAAUAUUCCUUGUUAUGGAACAGAAUAUGCUAUCAGACUUGGUAUUAUUUUUUCAAUCCACAAGUUCCCAAAUUCAUUAGUUGGGACUUUUGAAUGGUA